UUUUAAUGGAGAACUUGGGAAAGUGAUAACUUUUGUUAAGAAAGUGUGAGCAAUAUUAAAUUGUUAUGGAUAUUAAACAAGAAGGUGCUGGCUAUCAAUGCGUAAUUACACGCAAUUUUUUAUUUGAUAAAUGGCUUGAAAGUCGAAAAAGUAAUACAACAUGGUCAACUCAAGCCAACCAAAUCCUGGAAAACAUCAAAUGCAGUUGGCCUUAUCAAGGUGUUGAGAUUAUUGAAUUUGAUCCCCUCAAUGACCGAAUUUAUUUAGUAUGCAAGAAGUUAGCAGAAUUUUGGAAAGAAAAUGCAAGCAGAAAAAAUGCAAUUAUGAGAAAUCAUUCCUCUUGGCUUGGCAAAUCUGAGACUGUCUUUUUAAGUUGUCGUGAUGAAGAUUAUCCAAGUACAUCACAACAACGAGGUCGUCCUAAAAAAAGUUUUGAAGAAUGUUCUUCGCGGAGUAAACGAAGACGUGUGGCUGAAAUUUCGAAAUCCGACGAAUCAAUUGCCACAGCUUUGCGUAAUAGUUCAUGUAAUUCGAAUUUGGGAGAAGAAAACACGAUGAGUGUAAUGCCUUGUGAAGUACUGGCGCUUUUUGUGGAAGCAAAGUUUACAAAGAAGCAGUACUUACUUGUUCAGAAUUUCGUCAACACCAAGAUGACAAAAAUGCACUGCCUAGCUACAAAAUUAUAAAGACUGAAAAAGAAAACUGGUAUCCAGAAGCCGACAAAAUUAGUGUCACCGAGACAGCUGCCGAAGUGGACUUACAGGCUUUACUUAACCACACGGCGACAAGAAUUCCUACUUCGCAGAAAGACGUUCUUGACACUCUCAACAAUGACUUACAUAAAAGCCUACAGUUAGUAGGGAAAUGGGGAUUUGAUGGAAGUACAGGCCAAAGCGAGUACAAACAAAGCUUUCAUGAUCCUUAUGCUAAAGACAGCGAUUUGUUUGUUACAAGUUACGUGCCAUUGCAGCUCAAGUUAAAAAAUUACAAAAAUGAAGAUGUUGUUUGGAAAAAUCCUCGACCGUCCUCAACACGAUACUGUCGCCCAUUAAGAUUUCAAUUUAAAAAAGAAACUACUGCUGUAUCUGUUUUUGAAGAACAAUAUUACACUGAAAAAAUAAAUGCCUUGCAGCCUUUAACUAUAACUAUUAAUGAUAAAGAAUGGACAGUCACUAACAACUUACGUUUAACUAUGGUUGAUGGAAAAGUGUGCAACGCACUUAACAAAUCUACAUCUUUAAAAUGUUACAUAUGCGGAGCGACACCAAAGGAAAUGAACAACAUUGAAUUAUGCCUUCAAAAAGAGGCCAAUGAGAACAGUUUAUGUUUUGGUUUGUCCCCGCUUCAUGCUUACUUCAGAUUCUUUGAGUUUUUUGUUCAUAUUUCCUACAGACUCAAAAUUAAGAAAUGGCAGAUAAGAGGUGAUGACAAAACAGAAUUUGAAAAACAAAAGAAAAUAGUCCAAGCUGAAUUCAGAGCAAAACUAGGAUUGAUUGUGGACAGACCGAAAACGGGAGGAAGUGGUUCGUCAAAUGAUGGCAAUACAGCCAGGAAAUUUUUUAACAAUACCAAAAUUUCUGCUGAAAUAACUGGAA